GAGCCUGAAGCCGGGCUCGAGGUCACUUGAUGCGGGGCUCGAACUCACAAACCGUGAGAUUAUGACCUCAGCCAAAGUCAGACGCUUAACCAACUGAGCCACCCAAGCGCCCCAGGGAAGAUUACUUUCUAUAGAUGGGGAAGGACCCAAUCCAUACGGUCAGGAAGCCAAUAAAGUUUCCAAAUAUGCUGAAGAGAAAUGCACACCCAGAAUCAUCGCAGUGAAACCACAGAACAUAGCAUGUUAAAUGUUAUAAUUUUGGCCACCACUGGCAGUCCUGGGGUGCCCCUGUCCCCGGAUGAACUGCUUCUGAAAGGCAAUGCCGAGAAGACAGGAGGAGCCGGAGGAGGAAGGCAAAGAGGAGCUGGAUGAGACCCUGUCAGAGAGACUGUGGGGUCUGACAGAGAUGGUCCCAGAGAGGGUCCGUCCAUGGCUGGCGCCACUUGUUAUCACUCCCUCUUUGGGGCUCAAAAAGUGUGCAGGUUUUCCAGGCCAGCCUUCAUGAUCCUGGUGCUUCCUGUUGUCUUCGAGAUUGAGAAGUUGCAAAUGGAGCAGCAGCAACACCCACAGCGACGGCAGUGGAAUACCACAGGGGAACUACAGCUACAGGGAACACCAUUAACAGAAUGUUGAGUAGAAGAAGUGAGUCACUGAUGCAGAUCUGUGGAACCAGAAUUGCUUCUGGAGCAACUGAGAAGCCAUUCUAGGCUCUUGGCCCAGUGUCUUGGCAGCAGUUUGACCUGAAGAUGGCACUCAGGGCCCUGUGGGGCAGCCUCAGCCUGCUCCGUCUGCUGUGGUGUCUCCUUCCGCAGACGGGCUAUGUGCACCCAGAUGAGUUCUUCCAGUCCCCUGAGGUCAUGGCGGAGGACAUCCUGGGUAUAGAAGCUGCACGGCCAUGGGAGUUUCACCCCACCAGCUCCUGCCGCACGGUGGUCUUCCCACUGCUGACCUCCGGCUCUGCCUUCUGGCUGCUCAGGCUCUGGGAACAGUGGGGGCCAUGGCCGGGCCCGGUGAGCGGCUACGUGCUGCUGGUGGGACCCCGGCUCCUCCUCACUGCCCUCUCCUUUGCCCUGGACGUGGCCGUGUACCACCUGGCCCCGCUGUGGGGGGCGGAGCGCUGGAACGCCCUGGUCCUGCUGUCUGGUUCCUACGUCACUCUGGUCUUCUACACAAGGACCUUCUCCAACACCAUCGAGGGACUGCUCUUUGCCGGGCUGCUGGUGCUGGUGUCCCCCCGGUUAGCUUGGAGCCCCACACCCAAGAAGCCUGCUCCAGGCCCCUGGUGGCACAGCUGGCUUCUCGGGGGCAUCGUGGCUGCCGGCUUCUUCAACCGGCCCACGUUUCUGGCCUUUGCUCUGGUCCCGCUCUUCCUCUGGAGCAUUUGUGGAGCCACAAACCCUGGCUUCAAGUCACUGACGAAGGAAGCCCUGGAGCUGCUCCCAGGGGCAACCCUCGUGGCGGCGGUGUUUGUGGCUGUGGACAGCUGGUAUUUCUCCAGUCCAUCUAGAUCCACUACCCUUGUUCUGACACCCGCCAACUUCUUGUACUACAACCUGGAUCCUCAAAACCUGGCGAGGCAUGGCACACACAUGCGGCUGACUCACCUGGCCGUCAACGGUUUCCUGCUCUUUGGGAUGCUGCAUGCCCGGGCCCUGCAGGCUGCGUGGCAACAGCUGCAAGCCUGCCUCCAGGCCUUUGCACGAACGGGCUUCCCGCGGGCUCUGGGCGGCUGGAGCCUGCUGUCCAGCCCCAGGCCUUGCCUCCUGCUCCUCUACUUCAUGCCUCUGGCCCUGCUGUCUGCCUUUAGCCACCAGGAGGCUAGGUUCCUGAUCCCCCUCCUGGUCCCCCUAGUCCUGCUUUGCAGUCCACAGGCCCAAUCUGUGCCCUGCAAGGGCACCCUGGUCCUCUUCAACAGCCUGGGCGCCCUCUUCUUCGGCUGCCUGCACCAGGGAGGCCUGGUGCCUGGCCUGGAGCACCUGGAGCAGGUGGUUCACGCACCCGUGCUCCCAAGCAUGCCUACCCACUACACACUCCUCUUCACCCACACCUACAUGCCCCCCCGGCACCUCCUGCACCUCCCGGGCCUGGGCUCAGCUGUGGAGGUGGUGGACAUGGGUGGGACGGAGGACUGGGUCCUGUGCCGAGCCCUGAACAACUUCACCAGACAACCAGCCUGCCAGGUGGCUGGUGGGCCGUGGCUCUGCCGCCUUUUUGUGGUGACUCCUGGCACCACCAGGCCUGCCAUGGAGAAGUGCCAUUUCCCUCUCAAGAGUGAGGCACUCCUGUUUCCCCACUUGACCCUGGAAGACCCGCCAGCCCUGUCCUCUCUGUUGAGUGGGGCUUGGAGGGACCAUCUCAGCCUUCACAUCUUGGAACUGGGGGAAAAGCCUGACAACGUGACAGAAAAGUCACUGCCUAAGAUCCAGCCAUAGGUGAAGGCACCAUUCCACCUUCUGUGUGGGUAGCUGGGCUGGGACAGAGCCCUGAUUCUCUUCCUUUCCUUUCCCUUCCAGAAUUCCCACCACUGCCUCUCCUGUGCAUAGGCUUUGGCUGCUCUACCUUCGGGCCGCUGUGGUGUUGUGACAUGUAAUAGCACCUGGUUAUGAAAAGAGAGAUCUGCUAAUGACAUUCCUGAAUGACCUCUCUCAAACCUUCCAGGAUGCCUUACUUCCUGCUGUCCUGAUAACCCCCUGGCUUCCUAGAUACCUGGGAAGGAGGCAGUGUGGUGAUGUAGAAAGACCAGGUAGUUCAGACUCUGGAGACCAGAGUUCUAGUCCCUGGUUUGCCUGCCACUCACUGGCUGUGUGAUCUUAAGAAAGCCCCUCCCCCUCACCUAGCCUCAGUUCCCAAUCUGUACAAUGGAUGAGGGGAUCUCUGAGGUUUCUGCUAGCUGACACUAUGGCAUGCCUUGGUCUGCAGCACAUGUCCCCUGGCUAAAUAUGCAUAUCUCUCCCAAAGCUCUUUAAGCAUAGACUGGCGGUAUAUUUAAGGGCACUCUGGUGCCUGCUGUCUCAGCGUUUUGUUAUUACCGAGACAAGUAGUUCUGGAACUUUUCUCCCCACCUUCUUCUACUCCUGUCCAUGAGAGAGGUGGUAGGACAGCUUACCCUUUAAGCUCUCCUUCCUCAGCCCACCCGAGUGGGAAUGGAGAACACACAACGCUGUUAGUAGCUGGUUGCACUUGAGAGCAAUCUGAUGCUACCAGAUACUUCUUAAAAGUGGUCUGGUCACUCUCGAAGCUCAUAGGCCCCGUCUGAAACCUCUUCACAGGAUGAAGAGCAAACCCCAUGCCAAACCAACACCUGCUCUGGUGGAAGCCAUCAUAGCCCCACGCACGAUGCUCUCCACACCUAAAGGCACCUGUACCCAUCCACUGGGAACGCGAGGAGCUCUGGCACUAAACCUGUCCUCAUUCUCCCUGCUCAAAGCUCUACCAGCUCAUAAGAGGCACCCAGGCCACAGAAACCAGUGAGCUGGAAAUCAGUACAGAGCAGGAGACCAAAACAAUACAAAUGACCAAACCUGGGCAUUUUUCUAGUCCCGUCUUCUGCUGGCUAAGGCUUGGGUCAUCCCCCCCCCCUUUUUUUUUUUUUUGAGAGCAGGGUGGGGAUGGGGGGAAGGUGGAGAGGAUCCCAGGAGGGGCAGAGAGAGAGAGAGAGAGAGGAAAAGAGAGAGAAGUGGGGCUCACCCGAAGCGGAGCUCAUGAACAAGGUCAUGACCUGAGCUGAAGUAAGAUGCUUAAUGACUGAGCCACUGAGGUGCCCAAAGCUUGGGUCAUCUUGAACCUACAGCCCUUUGAGUCAUGCUGCCCCGGGACUCCUGCUCAUCUUAGUGCCACACCCUCCUCAUGACUCCAACCCUGAGGAAGAGGAAAGUCAGUGGAUGCUAGUAAAUGUUUAGCAACCCAUUCUCUGGGGGCAAAAAAAGCCCCAAUUUGUAGUAUUUGCCAAUUUUUGUGGUAUAAAUACUCCCGCCUUGGCUGAUUUCAAACUACCAAAAUGAUGUUACUGAACUCCAAGUUGGGAGGAGAUGCCAAAGAUGUGCUCUCAGGAUCCAGUGGAAGUUGGCUCUAGCAAACUACUGGACAUUUCCCUCCUUUAAAUUCUAUAGUAUCCCUUCAUUUAAAUUCUAUAGUAUCCACCAUUGUGGUUUAGGUUUCUAUGAACCUCUGAUGUGUCUUCCUAUCCUUAGUGCCUAACAUCAUCUCUAGCACUUAUUUGCUUACUUUGCAGCCCAAGUGCCACCUUGGAGACACUCUAGACUCUAGGGUCCCAAACUCCUUUGGACUUCUUGGGAUUUCUGCAUCUUCCCUGAGUUGGAUCCACAGUCUCAGAAUUCCCUGGAGGAACUGUUGGCAUAGCAGUCCAUGUAGAUGGUUAACGGUCUGACUUCUAAUACAGUUGUCCAUAAAGUGCUGUUAUCUAGAGGCACGUGGGUGGCUCAGUCGGUUAAGCGUCUGACUCUCGGUUUCGGCUCAGGUCAUGAUCUCAGUUUCAUGAUUUUGAGCCCCACACAGCGCUCUGGGAUGACAGUGCAAAGCCUGUUUGGGAUUCUUUCUCUCUCUCUCCCUCUCUGCCCCUCUCCCGCUCAUGCUGUCUCUGUCUCUCUCAAAACAAAUAAACUUAAAUAAAAAAAAAAUCCACUUAAAAAAAAAGGUACUCAUAUCUAGGUCUAUGUGGCAUCAAGGGUUGAAUCAGAAUUGCCCUGCAGGAUAGCAGGAGGAGUUGCUUCCUGCUUCACUUUCUGGCAGAACUUAGAGCUUGAAAGGCAUGCUGGAAGAUUACUGCCACUGGGAAUGGUGGGAAGAAUUUGGUCUGUUUCUUUAGUCGUAGGGUAAUUGGUGGGAUGGCAAGCCAGUGACUACAAUCCCUGGAGGCUUCUCCAAUGAAGUGCGGAGGCAUCUAAAUCACCUGUCACUAUACUCUGGUUUCUCUUCAGAUCGCAUAAAUCUUUCGCCUUUUAAAUCACCUGUCACUAGGAUAGAAAGGACUCUGUUUUCUCUCUCUCUGCUCGGACUCCCUCUACAGAAAUGGAGGGAACUUACUUCUUAUACACUUCUUCCAUGAGAAAUAAACAACUGUCCCCCUCUCUUGCUUUUUUUUCCCUUUCUUACCAAAAUGGCCAGUUUGCCUAGUAGCUUCAUGGCUUCCUGCAAUGCUUCCUUUUGCUCUCUGCCAGUCUGGAAAAAGACCUACCACUGAGUGUGCUGACCCGUGUUGAGGGUAGGGGGUCCAGCUGGAGACCGCUAAUAUUCUGCUGCUCUGAGAUCCAGAGACAAAUGAGUGAGGCUGAGACCAAUGAGGCAGAAAGGCAGUAGAAGGAACAAGGUCUUCAGGCUCCUCAUUGACAGCCUCAAAGAAGAAUCCAGAGUUGUCUCUGGUCUGGGAGAAGGACUUGUCCUUUGAUAGGACAGGGGGUAGGAUGCCAAAUCAGGACUCUGGUCAUCAGGACAGUGGAACUUCUGGCUGCAGAGAGGAUUAAAUAGCAGCACCUCUGAUGGGAUAUCAAAUCAGAAGUAUGAACAUUAGGAAAGCUACUUUAGCUUCUCCAUCCCCAUGGGAGGUCUCUGGCCAUAUCCAGCUCCCUCUCUGUGACUACAAGAAAGGCCAAAAUAUAAAUUCUUGCUGGUCACCAGCCUAAAAACAUCUCCUGUGGCUUCAAAUUCCCUAGAUUGCAUGAUUAGCUGUGGAGCCUAACUAGAGGCAAUCAGAAAUUCAGUCAGAAGCCUCAGAUGACAAGACAUUUCUGUAUACCAUGGAUUUCCUAAUCACGGGUCCAUUAACUGGGCCAUAGUCUUGAUUGUAUCCCAAACCCUCUAAAACUGGGCCUAGGAAUCCAGGCAUCUUGUUCCAUGGUAGGCGGUGGUCCUAACACCCAGUGGUGACUUCUGAAGGAAGGAGGUCCUGGGGUGAAGGCAGGCAUUGAAGGUCAGGGUAAAUGCUGCAGAGAUUUGUAAUUAAGGACUUAGGCCCUGGAAUCAAACUCAUGUAUUCACAUCCCACUCUGUAAGGAUGUAACCUACACUUCCUCAUAUGAAAGUGGUUGUAAAGUGUGAGAUAAUCCACACGGAGUGCAAUUAUCAAGUGCCAGCACAGAAUAAGCAUUCAAAAUGCGUUAACUAGUAUUACCAUGGGCCCAUAGUCCCCAGGAACCCUAGCCCAUCUUGCCAGAGAAGUACCACACUCACAUCAUUACUCAGCUCAUACAUUUAAUCAGAGGAUUUGGGCAGCUGCAGGUUUGUCCUUCCAUCCAUGCUCCCCCUCUGGAAGUAGCGCGCUGCUCUGUGAGUGCAGAGGUAGCAGCAUCUAGCACGAGUUUUAGUCCCAUUAGCAGAGGGCACUCUUUCGGCUGUGGUUUGGUUCAUAGCUCUCUGUACACGGUACAUCAGGGCCCAGCCUAUCUGCUUCUGUCAGGCUUCGGGGCUUUCUUCACAAUGUCCAGUCGGAUCACAGGGCUUCACCGGGGAUGUCGGUUUGGCCUGGGCUCCCUGAUGAACGGAACCCCAGAAGGCCGACAAUCUGAGUCAGAAUUCGAAGCCGUGCACAGUGCCCACGGUGACUCCUUACCGCCGAGGCCUGUGUCGAGCCCAGAAAGGAAAGCCGGUGACCUUGAUCGGGCCCAGCGUGGAUUUAGGGGUUUGCGCCUGGGCCCCUCUGGCUACCCGGGGGUGACCCCGGGCGGUCCCGGAGGCCGCGGCGCAGCUCCUGAGUGAAGGUGUCUUUGAAGCGGGCAGCGCGGCGACCUAGGGAACCCGCGGGCCCAGCCGCAAGGGCUCGAAGGCGCCGGGCUGCGUCCUGGCCGCGGAGCUGGGCCUGCAGCAGUGCGAAGGCUGUGAGCUGCGCCGCACGCCGGAUGGGCUUAGACUCCGACAGACGCUCCACCAGCUGCGGGCUGUAGAGCAGCGCGGCCAAGAGCCGCCGAAGAACCAUUCUCGGAGCGACCCGGAACCCAGAGGCCACAGCUCUUGCUUCCGACCGACGACUCCCCAAAACGGACCACGUCUGCGCCCGCCCCGCCCCGUGACGACACUACCGCGCAGGGAUUGGUCCAUAGUAUAUCCACCUUCUGCGGCCGCUUCAGCGCGUUUCCGCUUCCGCCGCCGCCGCGGCUGCCUCGUUGAUCCCUGAGUGGCGGCGUCUUCGUCUACCUCUCUGCACUAUGUCCGGCGGCCUUCUGAAGGCGCUGCGCAGCGACUCCUACGUGGAGCUGAGCCAGUACCGGGACCAGCACUUCCGGGUACGAGAUGAGUAUCGUCAGGACUAUGACGCUGGGAGAGGAGGCUAUGGAAAACUGGCCCAAAACCAGUGAGUGGUGAGAGCCCCAUCGUGAAAACUCAGUCCUUUGGCCUGUUCAAUUUGCCAUGCAUUACCCAAGGUCUACAAACCUGUCCACUUGUACCAUGCUUUGAUCAAGGUCUCUUCUGAGCUGGAAGCCUUUUCCUGGUUUUCCUCUGAAAACUAUUAAAGGACAGAAUCCAAAAGAAUGCCUUUAAAUCUAUAGUCUUACAAUCUUGGCCAUGUGUCAGAUUACCAGGUCAGAAUUUGUGUUCCAUGGCAACAGAUUCGAUCUAUGAUGUUGAUCUGUCAGCCCCAAACACCACACUUCUUUUAGGAAGAUGGAAAAAUUUUUAAAUGGAUAGUACGAUCACAGUCUACACUGGGGCCUGGAAUUAUUAAAAAUUAGGUUUGCAGGAGAUAAAAUGUAAUAAAUGGGGCUUUGCUAUGUUGUACAGCUUUGUUCUGUUUAGAAGUCUGACAACUACAUUUGUUUCUGGGUUGAGUUCUAAUCUCUAAAGGCAAAUUUAGGAGUCAGGGCAACUUCCUAAAUUGUUGGAGCAAAAGUAAGCCUUAGACUGUAAGCCAGGGGAUACCACCAGCUUAUAUGCUAUAUGUAUUAAGACUUGAGUAUUUAUUAUUUUAUACAUUUUUCAAAAGAUGUGUUUUACUUAGAGCUACAGAAGGGUUUAUGCAUCAGACUGAUUUGUUUUCAGAAUGAUGUUAGGAAUGGACUGGGUUUAAAAAGGGCUUGAAGAUCAAGAGAACAUAUAACAAGAACAAUCAGAAUUACUUCCCUCAGGAAAUGUGUUUUGGCUAAUUCUCAUACUGAAGUCUGUCUUGUUUUUUCCUUAAUUGUGCUUACGGAGUGUCAGAGCCUGGACAGGGAGCUGAUGGUUUCUUUAGAGAAGGGAGUCUACAAAAUUUAUUUUGUAUUCAUAAGGCAUAAGUUGAUUUCUCUAAUGUAACUGUUAGUCUAAUAUAAUUUUCCCUGACAUAUAAGUGAAAUUUUCUCAUCUAUCAACAAAGUAUCUCCUGACUUCUAAGGUUUGUGAGAGUUGGAGAUGAAGUACCUUAAUAGGAACAUCUUUCACAUUAAAGUAUAGGUUCUCUCGUUAAGUUCAAGUUGAUUACUUGGAUUAAGAGCUAUGACUAGCUGUAAGUGCAUAAUUUGCAGAUGUUUAAUGAAGACAUAACACUCUUCAUUUGAAAUAUUUCUUUUACGCUGUACUUUGAAUUAACGUAUUUUAUAAUGUUGUAGUAAAAUGUAACUCAGAUUUCCACA